AUGGCCAAUAUCAAUUCUGCUCAUAUUGUGUUGCUCACAGAUAUGUUGCUUCUAGGUCUGGGUGAGGGGGCGGGCAAUGAGGCUCACUCGUUGGCCGUAUUCAAGCUUCUCAUGCAACUGAUCGCAUUCGAGGCAGAACUAUCAAACGUGGGUUCCGCGGAUGACCAGGGAAUGGAGGAAUCAGCUGCAGUCAGUCAGUCAGCUUUAGUCAGUCAGUCAGCUGUAGUCAGUCAGUCAGCUGCAGUCAGUCAGUCAGCUGCAGUCAGUCAGUCAGUCAGUCAAUCAGUCAGUCAGUUGUUUGAUAUGUUUGUCAGUUUUAAUCAAUCACUAAAUACGCAUUUGAGCAUUCUCGGAUCGUGA